GCCACCGUACCAGCCGGUACUCGAGUGCCGGUAUAUACCCGUCGUACGAGCACGUUUUCUUACGCGAGCUUGUGCACCUCGAAUGACGUUCAGCAUUCUUUCCCAGGGACGGGUCGUACUGAAGGUCGCUUUCUCAAAGGCUGAUCGGGCAUUGGACAUGUCCCGUGGCUAGCGACGCCACAAAUCGCUGUGGGAUCGAGAGAAUUCACGAGCGCCCUCGGUCUCAAGCAUGCCACAAUAUUUCGAGGGAAAUAUUCGUAAUGAUGACGUACUAUUGGGCAUUUCGAAAGCGCGAAGUAGGUUAAAGAAACCGAGUCGAGCCGAUCCUUCUCGGUUUGAUGCUCGCAGGUGUCCCGGCUCUUUGUCGUCGUCGCAAACAGUAUAUUCAGUGGCAUAUCCAUGCCCAUGCAUAGCCUUAUCCCCAUUGGGCCAAUGCAUCUCCAGGCAUGCUGCUUUUCCUCUUCGUUGUUCCACAUUCCUUCCGUCCAGCGUCGUUUGUGGUAAAUGCUCUGUGGGGUUUACUGCAGGCGGUCAGUUGAGUUGAUCGAUCGAACGCUGGCAGUCGCCCAUCCCAUCCAUGGGCCUUUCGGAGUCUGAAAGUCCUGUUGUGCCCCGUUCAAUCUUGCAGGGGCAGAAGCCCCAGCGCACAUAUGACAAGGACCUCUUCAGUUUUUUGCACUCGUCGGUGGGUUUAAGCAAGAAAGGCUGCCACAGUUCUCGAAAGCAAAAGCAGAUUGCAUUUCAGUUCAUCAGAAGUCCGCCUUCAGUUCUCGACGGGAUCCUGUUGGGCAUAUGAGGAGUUAUCAGGAUCGACGGUACAGGGGACUAAAAUCCAACAGAAGCACCUCCAGCCACGGAUCCAGCAUCUUUCUGGCAUGGUGUGAACAUGAAGUGGCGAACUAACGUCAGGGAUGUCGUAUAUAAUUUAAAAAACUUGCAGAGGCGUAUCCUCUCAUCUUUCCACUGGAUUGGUCCGAUCACAUCCAACUGUUUUCAUGCACAACGCUGAGUAAAAUGGGUAAUACGUGCACGACAUGCCCAACAUACAUACUUUGAAAAGGAGACUAUACGAAAGGUUGACGGUGACACUGAUGAGCGGUGAACAGGUGCAACUUCCAGAGAGAUGGUCUUGUCAAGACCCCCAACUUGGCAUUUGGACUUCAGCGAUUUGUCAACUUUGGGCAACUACUAAGGCCACCCGUCUGGACUUCCGUGAGUGCAAAAAUUGGAUGACUGCAAGGACAAAUCGAGCUCUGGCCAAAUUGCAGACAGAGAUUUAUGAAGUGCAUAAUAUACAUUCAUGGAAGUGCAAGUGCUCUCAUUAUUUUUCGAUUAGUACAAAUUACCUAUCUCCUAGUAUUCAAAGCUUCUUCUAAGCAUGUUAUUUUGGUUCAUUCCAUGUUCCAAAACGCUUGUAUCAGAAUAUAGGCUGACUAGAAUCUGCGUCCGUUGUAUGAAUAAGAUAUACAAGUUUUUAAAAUAAAUUCAUCGAUCACCGCACACGGCUGUACG